UCAUGUGACAGUGUCAGGGUUGUACCAUUGGUUACUGUUAACUAGGGAUACUAAAAUAAAAGAUUUGUUAUAUUUUUACGGGUGUUUGUUGUGUUUCAGAGGGGCCCGGCUCCACAAAGGUCUGGACAUCGUGUGCAGCGACGGAUCGAUCGUCUACGCUCCGUUUGAUGUGACGUUAAACGGGAAAGUCACCGUGUACAACGACCCCAAUAAGGCGGCCAUCAACAGCGGCAUCAACCUGAGUGGAGAGGGUCUGUGCUUCAAGCUGUUCUACGUGCAGCCGGACCGGACCUCGGGCACGGUGAGGGCAGGGCAGCGGCUCGGCGUCAUGCUGCCGAUGCAGAGCGUUUACCCAGAAAUCACCUCUCACAUCCACGUCCAGAUGUGCGACCGCAGCGACCCCACGCCGCACUUCUGAUCCAACAGAACUGUGUUCUCAUUUCAUUUCUUGUUAUAAACCAAUAAAGAGAGUGUUGUGGUGUUUAUUGAAAUAAAGCCACUUCCAAACUAAUGUAUUACGCAGCUUAGUUGAAUACACGAUUCUGAUUGGUUCAUUUUGAUAUUUCAGAGGUUGUUUUUCUUAGUAAUACCAACAUUUUUAAGUCAAUAAAAUAAUUUUCAAUUA